UGCUUUCCAGGUUGAUACUACAGCUGGAUCAUUUAGAAAUUAUUCAAACAAUACAGUACAGGCCCCCUACAUGGUAGAUGGUGCCUUGUCGUACACACAGAUGUUGCUUGGCAUUGAUGAAACGGCUAAUUCUGAAUACUAUAAUGAUUAUCUACAAAGACCAGCCAGUUAUGAGAAUAAGAUGUUCAUGAUCACUGGAAGGUAUGCAGAUGGAGCAGAUACUAUGAUUGAUUCGGAAGAAACAAAUCAUGAGCAACCAUCUGUGCAGCAUUCAGAUACAAGGCAAACAGACAAUAAUAUUUCAGCAACAGCAAGCAAUGCAAAUGCAAGCAACUGUACCAAUGACUGCAUGUUUGAAGAUGAUGACUGUAAUGAUGAUGCAUAUGGCAAAGAACAAACAUUUCCUAACCAGUUUGACAGCAAUUCAUCAGGACACAAUUGCAGCAACAUGACUGAAGAAGGGAAUCUUACAGAUGAAGAGCUUGAUGAUGUAGCACCCAAAUAUGACUUAUUUGGUGAUGAUGCUUCUAAUGCUGUUGAUGAAGACGAUGAUUUGGUACAAGACUCUGAGAACUUGGACAAUGUCGAGCAUCUCUCCCAGGAAGAUAUUCAAAGUUUCCUAGAUGCUGAGGAAGCUGCUGCAACUGCACGAAGUAGUAGUCAAGAAGUUCGUGAGCAUCAUGCACCUCGUAUGGGAAUGGCUUUUGAUUCAGAUGAUGCAGCUCACAAGUUCUUCAAUGAUUAUGCAUUGUUAUGUGGUUUUGCAAUUACAAAAGCUGGAAAUUACCAUGGAAAGAAACAAGGAAGCACUGGACAUACACGGGUUAUCUUUCGGUGCAACCGUUCAGGGAAGCCUGUGGAUGAGGAGACCUUAGAAGCAAAACGGAAACAAAAACAGUUAAAGAGGCAAGAGAAGACAGGCAAAAUUGUAGCUGAAAACAGUAGGAGGAAGCGCAGUAACAUAAUUCAGCAAACUGGUUGUAAGGCAAAAAUGAUAGCUACAUUGAAAAAUGAGAAGUGGGUUGUCAUAACACUUGACCUUGUGCACAAUCAUGACCUCAGUCCGCCAGAUGAAUCAAAGUUCCUUAGGUCACACAAGAACAUGACAGAAGAUGAGCAGCUAUUCAUCCGCACCUUCAAUUCUGUGAAACUACCCCCAAGGAAAAUAAUGUCCAUCCUUAGAUACCGCGAGGAGGUGAUGUGCCAUACACAAAGAAACAUGAAAAAAGCAGAUGAAAAAUGUGGAAGAACAUUUGCCACUAAUGAGAACCUAUAUGCAGAUUUCUCUGAUAUUCUUUGCAACUCAUUGACUGUGGAGGAGUUUGAAUAUCUCUGGCAAGAAAUGAUUCAUAAGUAUGAUGUUGGUCAUGUCAAGUACUUGAAGGCUAUGUGGAAGUUCAGACAUAAGUUUGUUCCUGUUUAUUUCAAGAAUGCAUUCUUUCCUUUCAUUCAUUCUACAGCUAGAAGUGAAGGCACAAACUCUGUAUUCAAAGAUAAUGUGGGCUCCAAUUUCAGUAUCAUAAGUUUCUUAGAUGAGGUUGUUAAAAAUGAGAGAUAUGAAGUGUACAAGACAAGAUUAGUUGCUCAGAAAGAUUACAGACCUCGGCGCCACAUUCUCCGUGUUCUUGUCAACCUGAACAUAUCAGAGCUGCCAGAUAAAUAUUUCAUUGAUAGAUGGAAACCCCAAGACAGGAAAAUAUUACGAGACAAGAAGUACAAUGUUCCGCAAGAGCUUACAGAGAAGAACCGCCACCUAAGGUACUAA